GUGAUCGGAAUAAGAAGUUUUUAGGAGAGUUAGUUUCUUGGCCUAAGAUUUUACAAAAUUUUUUGGUAAGGAAAUUCAAACGGAUCUAAGAGUAAUUUUCGGUGUUAUCAUUACCAUAUGAGCACGUCUUAGCAUACAUCGUGAGGUACUCCAACCCAAACCAAACUGCAAUUAAAAGGAUAUUUUGAAGUGAAAGUGUAAGACACAAAAAGAUUCUAGUUUUCAUAGUUGCGCACCAUCAAUAGUGUUAUUGUGAAUCAGUGAAAAUUUGGUAGUGCACACAUCAAAAGUACGGAUUUUCAAGAGACAAGUUAAAUUCAACGAGUGAAGAGGGAAAGCUUCCUUAUUGGAUGGUAUAAACAAAGAUGACUGUUACCAAUUUCGGAACCAUGCAUCACAGACCCUGCUUCAAUGGAUAUCCAUUUCAAGGUGACAUGUCUGCCGGUCAGGGUCGAGUUAAUCAGUUGGGCGGAGUUUUCAUCAAUGGGCGACCCCUUCCAAGUCAUAUACGUUUAAAAAUCGUGGAAAUGGCUGGGGCUGGUAUUCGACCAUGCGUAAUCUCCAGACAAUUACGUGUUAGUCAUGGUUGCGUUUCGAAAAUUCUUAACAGAUACCAGGAAACUGGUUCAAUACGUCCCGGCGUAAUUGGCGGAUCUAAACCACGUGUUGCCACCCCCGAAGUUGAAACUCGCAUCGAGGAAUACAAACGUGAAAAUCCAGGAAUAUUUUCAUGGGAAAUACGUGAUCGACUAAUCAAAGAGGGCAUAUGCGAUCGUGCCACAGCACCAUCAGUAUCAGCAAUUUCGCGCCUAUUGCGUGGUCGUGAUGGAAAUGACGAUGACACUAAAAAGACUGGGUCGGAACAUUCAAUUAAACCAUCUGAUGGUGAACUAUCGGACUGUGAUAGUGAACCGGGGAUCCCAUUGAAGCGCAAGCAACGAAGAUCACGAACUACUUUCACAGCAAUUCAAUUAGAUGAGCUGGAAAGGGCUUUCGAACGAACUCAAUAUCCUGAUAUCUAUACAAGAGAAGAACUAGCUCAGCGCACAAAACUCACUGAAGCACGAAUUCAAGUCUGGUUCAGCAACAGACGGGCUAGGUUACGAAAACAACUCAGCUCGGGAUCAUCUGCAUCGUACCCUUCUACUAUGCCUGGAUCACAGGCAAUCCACUACGGAAACCCGUCAGCUGUUGGAAACUACCCGUCUCUUAUGGCGGGGCAGGUGCUACCUGAACCGUCAACAUUCCCCACAGCUACCUCGCAGGUUCACGAUUUCUAUUCAUCGCAUAUGCAUGCGGUUUCAUCCCAUACAGCACCAACUCCUCCGCAUCAAAUUCAUAACCCUACACCAAGUUAUCCUCUACACCAUCACCAUCACUCCUCUGCUAUUUCGAACAUGCCCUCUAUGAACACGCCGUAUGUUUCCAACUUGAGUUCUGACGUUCAUCAAACUACCAUUCGCAACGAUAGUCCCACCACCAAUCAUACCAACUAUACCAUCUCCUUGCAACUUCCGCCAACCCCUAACAGCUUAGUAACAAUGAUGGGUCCUAAUUCUGGAAACAGUAACAGUAGCGAACACCUACAAGGACAAGAAGCCGAGGACGCAGCACAACAGCAGUCAAAUGUUCAGCAAGUCAACACUAGCCAUCAAAGCCACCACUCUAACAACAAUAACAAUAACAAUGGCAACACCAAUGAUAACAAUUAUUCACCGUGGAACACAUCCACCGCAGUAACUACUAGUGCUGCUAGUGCACGUCCUAUUGCCCCAAUUUCUCCACCAGACACCAUCCAGACUAGUGCCACAACAUUGGGAAGCCCGAUCCCUCAUCAUAUUCCAUUCCAUCAUAAUUCUGCUUAUUCUACGUCUUUCAUGCAACAGAACUUUUCAUCAUUCUCACCUGCAAAGAAUUUUGGAAUGCCACAGAGCUUCUAUGGUAGUUGGCACUGAGUUGAUCCUUAGAUCCUUAGAAAUGUAAUCUAGAAAAUUAAAUAAUAAAUUAUGUACAAGAUUCAAAAUUAAACAAAGGUUAAUCUUACUUAUGCUUCUAGAAAUAAAUAGAUAUAAGAAAAGACCAAACUAAGUAUGAUUAAGG